AUGAAAUUCCUGCUCCUGCUUCUCACCGUCGUCUUCUGCUAUGUCAAAUGUCAAGAAGAGGUGUUUAUACUGGAUCACCCGACGUCUCCAGAUGAGCAACAGGGAGGUUUCUCUUCGCACAUUGUCGCUCUCCGACCCGACUACACAUUCUGGAAGAUGGUGAACGUGCUCAAGACAGUCUUCGACUCACGGACCACAGAAAAACGACGAGGACCGUCUAGACGUGACGCAGAAGAGGUGGAACCGGUGACUCGCCUUCCGAAUCUUCGCUCCCGACGUCUUCUUCUCAAUUUCGGACGUUAUCGUGUCUAG